AUGGCUUCCGUGAAGAGCAUGCUGGCCGCCGGACUCCUUGCUGCGCCUUGCGCAGACGCCUUCGUGGCCCCUGGAGUCUCCCAGGUCCAGGUCCAGGGAGCAACGCUUCGGGGCUCCGCGGGCGUGCAGUCUGAGUCCAGCUUCGGACCGAAGUCCGCUUUGGCUGCUGCGUCCGCAGGCGCGGUGGCGCUGAGCUUCAUUGGAGCGCAGCGCCCUGUAGCUCGCAAGCAGAAGGUGGUCUGCAACUUCAGCAAGGAAAGCCAAAUUGGCGCCAUGGAUCCGCUCGGCUACUUCGAUCCUCUUGACCUCUGCAAGGACGAGGCGACCUUCAAGGACUUCCGGGCUAAGGAGAUCAAGCACGGCCGAUUGGCUAUGAUGGGAGCACUUGGAAUGUUGACUCAGAGCCUGGUGCAGCUCCCUGGCUUUGAGGGCGUGCCAAAGGACGUGUCUGCUUGCACCGUCGGCGCUGGCCAGACUGGCUUCCUUAUCACCAUCGCCAUCAUUGCGGUGCUGGAAGCUACAGUCUUUGUGCAAGACGACAGCAAGGAGCCGGGAAAUUUCGGUAACCCCCUGCCGCUGGUGGGUGACGACUACUCGGACGAGAUGAGGGCCCGAGAACUAAACAACGGGCGCAUCGCUAUGUUCGCAGCGAUAGGUCAGAUCGCUGCGGGCCUCUACACAGGCAAGUCUGGCAUUGAGCAGUUCGGCGCCUGA